AGGCCCAAGAAGCACAGCCGGGGAAGGAAAAUGCGUUGUGGACCUCUGUGCCGAUUCCUGUGGCUUUGGCCCUAUCUGUCCUGUGUUGAAGCUGUGCCAAUCCGAAAAGUCCAGGAUGACACCAAAACCCUCAUCAAGACGAUUGUCGCCAGGAUCAAUGACAUUUCACACACGCAGUCUGUCUCCUCCAAACAGAGGGUCGCUGGUCUGGACUUCAUUCCUGGGCUCCAACCAGUCCUGAGUUUGUCCAGGAUGGACCAGACGUUGGCCAUCUACCAACAGAUCCUCAACAGUCUGCAUUCCAGAAAUGUGGUCCAAAUAUCUAAUGACCUGGAGAACCUCCGGGACCUUCUCCACCUGCUGGCCUCCUCCAAGAGCUGCCCCUUGCCCCGGGCCAGGGGCCUGGAGACCUUUGAGAGCCUGGGCGGCGUCCUGGAAGCCUCACUCUACUCCACAGAGGUGGUGGCUCUGAGCAGACUGCAGGCGGCCCUCCAGGACAUGCUUCGGCGGCUGGACCUCAGCCCUGGGUGCUGAGACCUCGAAGGCUUCUCUUCCCCAAGUCGAGGAGAGAACCUGGGCUCCCAGGUGUCUCCAGGAGAGAGACCGUAUGGGUGUCCUUUAUCCUGGCCCCUAGCCGUUUCUCUCUCACACCACAGAGCCACUCUUCCAAAGGCAUAAGCCUCCACGGCACAAAACCAAAGAUAAGAAUGCAGGAUUCCAUGCUCACCGGGAAGGGGGACCCACCUGGCAAACAGUGACCUGCAUCUGGGGUUCUCACAAAAGGCUUCCUUCCUGUGCCACCUCCCCCCUCACUGCAUGCUUCAGCGUGACCUGGGGUGAUGUCAGGAGGCACCCGCUGAGCCUUUGGACCAUCAAGCAAGGUUCUGUCUGAGAAUUCUGGGAGCACCAUGAAAGCUACAUCCACAUAGCUGCAAACUCCCAAGCAACACAUUAUUUAUUAUGCAUUUUAUUCUGGAUGGAUUUAAAGCAAAACAUCAGCCUUUCCAGGCUCUUUGGGGCCAGCCAGAGCUAGGAAUGCUAUUUCCAAUCCCAUCGGUGGGCCUGGCUGAGGCAAACCCAUUUCUAGUGACUUGAGGGCUCUCAAGUUAGUUCUUUGGUAACUGGCUAUGUUUCUACUGUGACGGAUGUUAAAUUACAGUGUUUGCAAUGGCAUUGCCCUGAGCGGAUCUCCAAGGACCAGGUUAUUUCAAAAAGAAGAUGAAUUUUGUCAUGUGUGAUAUAUAGAUGUGUAUACCUGGAGGUAGGAGAACGUGUUAGCAGGAAGGGGAAGGAUCCAGGAUGUAUUUUUUGAAUUACAUUUGUGCGAUGGGCUCUUCGAAUGGAGGGGGGUUCAUGUUCUCAUCUCUGCAACCACUUAGUGUGGUUUUAAUGAGAAUAACAAAGGAUAUGACUCCUUCAGCGGGGGUUGUGGGGUUUUGCCAGCCACCCAUGGGGGGGGCAGUGGCACUGACGACUGUUUACUGGGGCAGUUGUGAGCGCUGGCCUUCUCCAAUUGCUGGAGACAGGUCUUUCUUAUCAGGGAAUGAGGAUCCCUCACUGGAGGUGGUGAUCCCCAGAGCAGGGGUCCUUAGUAUGGGCCUUGGAAUGGUCUAGGGAUGAUCCCACACUGGAUUUGUAACAUGGAAGUACCCCUACUUGGGAUUUGCAUGCCAAAUUGUGGUUCUCAUCUGACUGGCUCACCCAAACAAGACCAUGUUUCCCUCUCAUUCGGGGUAGAUUUAUACUCCAGGGGGAAGUUCUAGGGCUUUAGCGAAUAGUCCCAAGACCUGGACUGGCACUGGUGAGUGCCGGGCCGCCAGGAAUGCCCUUCCCACCAGAGGUCACGUUUGGUGGGAUGAACAAGGAGGCUUGGGUUUUCCACCAUCCUGCCACUAUGAUGAGGCCAUCAUACUCUAGGUGGUGGAUCUGUUCAAGGAAAUUUGAAUCAAAGCUAUUAACUUUAAGACCGAGCACCUACUUUGUGCUCAGUCCUGAUUGGUGCUAUGGGCUAGAGAAGCUCACCAAGUAAACGUUAAAAUCCAGCCUUACCCUCAGGGACCUUGCAUUCCAGAUGGUAAAAAUGCCACACACCAGCAUGCAAAGGCUGGCCUCGCACCAUGGCAACUGAGCAGCUGAACCAGCGCACUCCUCAGCAGGCGGAAAUGCUGAACUGAGAGUGUCAGUGCUCAGGGGCCCACAGGCUAACCCUGCUCCCACUUCGUAGCAUUUUUGCUUUUCAGGGCACGGCAGCAUUUAUUACUGUGUAGCCACAUCCCUCUGAAGCAGCAGCAUAGCUGACAAUUUAAAAAUAAGAACUAAGAACAUACCUAAGACCAUAACGGCAGACAAGUAGCAGGGCCGAGACUAGAGUUCAGGACCUCUGACUCCCAGAGUGUCCCGGGAGCCAGGUAAUGCUCCCUGGAGGUGCAAAUAGGGUUGGGCAGGGGAGACCAGAAGUGCUUACAGGGAGAGAGGACUUGGAGGUGAUUUUGCAGGAGGUGAGGGAUGUGAAUUGCCUGAAUGGCGGAGGCUGUUUUGUUCAUGCUGAGACACCGGGGUGAAGGUAUGUGCAGUCAGUUAUAAAGAAAGGCUGCCAAAGGCAAGGCGGGAGGGAAAGUGACAUGUUGAAGAGGUCUUCAGUGGUCAAAGAAAUUUGAUAUCAGAAGGGUCAAGAAUCGAAAGUUCUAGAACGGAGAUUCAUGAGAUAGACAGAGUAAGACCCGUUCUGGAGAGUAUGACCUAGAUAAUCAUUACCACCCAGCCAGGCUGGGAUCUUUUAAGCCUUUCACUUACCCAAACCUGGCACCAUGGCUCAUUCUCAGAGUGUGAAAGUUCUAAAAUGUAAAUGAAUGUCUUUUUUUGUAACUUAAAAAAUUUUUUUUCUUGUUAAAAAAAAAAAAAGUCAAAUAAAUUAACUUUGCCCC